ACGUUUGGUACUUUACGGAAAAGUGAUAUUGCAAUAUUAUCGCCUACAUGGCCUGUGGACAACCAUGGUAUGUGGUCGAGUGACGUAAUUUUUGUCGAUUCAGUCUUGAGAAAUUUACCUGUUCCAUUCCGCAUAGAUUCACCAGCCUUUUGUAUGAGGAACCUUCAACUACCACGUUGAGGAACUUAAGUGGACUUGAGCAAGCAAGAACUGGCCUGCUAUUCUGCAUAACCUGUGAAUGUAUACAAACAUGGGCAUGGGAUGGUCAAUAAUUAAUAAUUGUGGAAUGACCAUGAGUCAUGACUGUUAGUGCUGUUCGAAACAUUUUCUCCAUUACAUUUUCCAGAGGACCAUACUGAAUUAAAACUUAAUUAACUGUAGAUAGGAAAAUGGCUGAAGGUAAGCGUAAAGAACCAAAGAGAUAUUAAUUUCUCUUGUAGAUCUUAUGAGGAAUUGAUUUGCUGCAAAUAGAUAAAAAGAAUCAUCUCCCUGUAAUUAAAUUUUAUGUACACUAAUCCUGUAAUCACAUAAUAUAACUAAGUAUAAUGGCCGAAUGUAAAAUAAAUGAAAUAUUCAAUACUCUUGACAACGAUGAUCCUUGUGUGAGAGUAAGUAAAUCUAUGAUUAGUUUAUCAGAAGAUGGACACAGUUGUAAAUGCUCUUUGUGCAAGACCAGUUUUGAUGUUCCUCUUGAACCUACCAAUUUAAGAUUUACAAUUUGGAGCCAUAUUCAAGAACCUGGCCACAGACACAAUCUUCCCAAUUACCAGAAAAUGGUAAGCCAAUGUGAUAAAUCGAUAAAACAACUUUCUUUUAGCAUUCCAGAUCACUUAAAAAACGAUUUGACAUACCUGAAAAUGGGACCUGCUUUUAGAUUCCUUCUGUGCACAUUAUGUCAUUGCGCUGUGUAUUUUAAUGAACAUUUCUUAAAGACCCAUUUUCAAUCAAAAUGCCAUGAACAAAAUAAAAAUACCUCAGACGAAAGUGUCAAGAAACAAAUUAAAAUCUCAUCAGAAUUGACUUUUGAGGAGCAUUUUAAUAACUUAGUGAUGACCCUUCCACAAGACUUAAAGUCUGAUGCAAAAUACAUACAGAAGGGUCAUAUACCUGAAUAUUUGAUUUGCACUUUGUGUUCAAGAUACAUCAUACCCACUCAGUAUCUUCUAAAAAGUCACUUAGAAGACUUUUGGCACACAGAAAACAAAAACAAACCAUUCCUCUUGCCAGAUUACUCUCGCAAAAUUCCAACUAUUGUUAAAAGAGUGAAGAACAACUAUGUAUCAUUUUUUUGUAUGGAAGUAAUAUUUUCAUUGUUACGGUCUAAUGAUAUCAAUGUUAGAACGAAUUCUAAAUUCCUAUACAAACAAUGUAUAUCUGAUCGUUUCUACUGCCAGUUGUGUGAUGUAUUGCUUAAAGGAACAGCAGUCAAUGUUUUGAUUCAAAAUAUUCAAACUCAUUUCAAUCAGGAAAGCCACAAGACAAAUGUUUCCCUUACAUACAAUUUUGAGAUGAUGAUACGAUUCAAAAAUAAUGAUUUUGAUAGAUUUCCACUGUUUUUGCAUAGUACUUCUGAAGAGUUUUACCGAGAUUUUAAAUAUCUUCAUAUUUCAAAAUCAACAAAAGAAAUCAGAUGUUUGGUUUGUGAUUGUAGUUUGCCUCUAAGCAUGUUACUGUGUGUGGAUCACAUUGAGAGUAAGCAACACUUAAAAAAGAGGAAUUGUGCCAACUCCAGUAAGGAAAUUCAAAAGUUGCCAAUUCAUAAAGCUGUCUCCACCAAUGAAGGAAAUGCCACUGAUGUACAAGAACAAAACGAAGAGUGUUUUGGACAAAAUGCUGGAAAAAAUGAUAAAUUUGAACGAUGGUGAUAAGAAUUCGAUUAGACCUUCUAAGAAAGAAGGGAAGUUGAAAUGCAAAACUUGUAACAUCAAGUUUGCUGCAGAUUUUGAAACUUUAACCAAACAUCUUGGAAGCAGUCAACAUAAAACCAGUAUUAAAAUGAAAACAACAACGGAAAAAUGAGAUGAGUGUAAACCAGCGACCAAAGAAGAACAUAGACUGGCAAUCGGGGCGCGCGGCUGAAGCCGGUAAUCACCAGAGUGGUGGGGAUGGCAGUGGAUGAGUCACCCACUACCGAGCGUCCGUGUGGCAGGAAGGGCUCGCUUUCGUUGUUUGCUUUUGCUUGCCACCGAUUAUAGAAUUUAUAUUAUUGGAAGUUGGAUGUUUUUUUAAGAAUGAUCAACUAAAAUAUACUUCGCUGGAAUUUGUGUACAUUUUAUUUCAUUGUAAGUAAGGAAUAUAAACUAAAUACCAUAAAGAUACUGUAAAAACUAUACUGUAACCUGUAUUGAAUGUUAGAAAUCAUUCAUUGAUACAUACUGUAACACCAAAUAAACAGUAACAUUGUAAACUGUAACAUCACAUAAAAAGUAAACUUACUAUUUAAGUUAUUCCGUAUUGUAAAAGGUUGAAUUUGUAGGCUUUAAAUCGUACAUAUAAUAUUUCAUUUUAUUAUGUACUUGUGGUUUUUGAAACCCGCUACAACGAUUAGUUGAUUUAAUCAAAUUUAGAUAUAUUCCCAUAAUAAGUUAUUAAUGUUUAUAGAUUUGAGUAUAAAAAAAGGUUGAGCAUUUAAACAUUUAACCUAUUUGCAGCGUAUGGAGGCGAGGCGGCGGGUACGUGUUUGCGCCGCAUGAAAUUUGUAUCUGCUUUAUACCUCGUUUCUCGACAAACUGUUCACUCCAAAAAUUUAUAAAAAAUACUACGGUAAAAUUUGGUUUAUUAUCUCAAACUUUCUCGCAGACGAAACUCGCCUGACCAAUAAAUAAAAAAAGUAGCAGCCGACUCAUUAUUUCAUGUUCAUCGCCAAAGCUCAAUUUGGUUUUUAAUUAAUAAUAUUUAUUUUAUAAUACUUAUAAUAAACUUUUAAAAUGUUUAUCUACUACAUCAUCAUUGCCAUAGUAUUGACUACAAAAUUGUGAAAUUUCAAGUUUUUAUCCCAACUCUAACUGUAUAAUCCAACGGUGUUAAUGAAACGCGGCGAAUUAAAAUGUAUACUCGCCGCGAGCUGGUGCCCAGCCGGUUUGUCACCAGAGUGGGUGUGGGUUGGCUUCAACUGCCGUAAUGUAUUAGGUAUAGGUAUUUCCAGUCUAUGUUCUUCUUUGGUCGCUGGUGUAAACAUCACUAAAGAAACCAGUUAUUGUUGCAACUGUGUGUUGAUAUUACAACAUAUAUACAAUAUAAUGUAUUGUACAAUAUUUUACUGUUAUUCUGUAUUAUGUUCUAUAUAACAAGUUACAAGUCAGGCGUAUUAACAAAUAUAUUGUAAAAAAAUUAAAGUUAGAUUUAAAACAUGUAAAUAGAACACGGGAAUUUAUUACUUAAUUUAAAGAAAUUAAAUUUGUAUUUUAAGUUACAUAACUAAGGUACGGUAUUUUGAUAAGUUUAAGUAGAAUUAGGGAUAUAUUGUUGGUUUUUUGUUUGUAUUUAUCUGUUAAGUAUUUUGUUGGUAGAAUUCAAGGAAUAUAUUGUAAUCCAAGUACCUAAAUAACCUAUUUUUGGUAAUAAAAAUGUUUUAAAUAUCAAA